AUGCGCUGCAAAGAUAAUGGGGAACAGUUAUCAUUCGUAGAAGACUUCUGGAACGAAGUAGAGCAAGGUCUCUCGGGGGCGACCAAAGAUGAGUUGACGACUGCUAUCGAGAAGUGCAGAACUCUGGUGCUGCAGACGCAACCGUUUUCACCCAUCCGCAAGUGCCUCAUCACGCGACUUGUCGAACUACGACGUCAGCUGUACGACCUCCAAGUAAAAGUGGUUGUGAUUAAUUGUAUUGCUGGAGCUGUCCUGAAAUUCGGGUGA